CGUGGCAACCGCGCGCGUGCCCCUCCGUAAGGCAAUCACACGCGGUUUGUAGCAAAAAAAAAAAAACGCACGCUACAGGUGCCUACACGUACCACCCUCGCACAUGAUAAAUAGUCUUGUUUUUUCCUCGACGCUGCGCCCUACGAAUCGAGUGGCAUGCAGCGACGAGGAUUAGUUUGCGAAAUAAAUGAGUGUGUAAAAUGUUGUUGAAUACGUUGUGAUAAUAAAGUUUUAAUAAUUAAUAACUGUUGACGAGUGAUGUUGUGAAAGCGAUGGAGAAGCUCCGGAUGCCGUCUUCGUGGCGGAUUUGGACUCUCCUACUGUUCUGCGUUUCAAAAGAAGGGAACGGUCACGCCACUGACGUGGACGUGCGGCUUACAGCUCCCAGCUGGGUCGCACGAGGGGGCUCUGCGACUCUUCGCUGCCUCCACCAGGUUCCACCCCAGCUCCUCUACAAAGUGGAAUUCCUCACAUCAGAAGCUAAACUCCUGCAGUAUGUGCGAGAAAGAGUCCCUCCUUUUACCAACUACAGUUUUCCUGGUGGAAGAAUUAAUAUGUCCCUGGCAACGGAAAACUCGAUUACAAUUGAGAAUCUAGAGCCUUCAGCGUCCGGCCUCUACUGGUGUGAAGUGUCUCUAGAGACCCCAAUCUUCACAGCUGCCUCGCCUCCUCACCGUCUGACUGUUGUCUAUGCCCAAAAACAUCCUCCCAUUAUAACCUUCGGGAAACCAGACGUUGUCGUCGGAGGACUGCUUCGUGCAAAUUGCACCAGCGCUCCGGCAGCUCCCGCUCCAAAACUGACAUGGUACAUCGACAAUGAAAAGGUUCCGGAAGACUCCAUCAAAUUCUUCUCUUACCGUGUCUCAAGCUCCACCAGGACCAAGGGAGGUGGUGGCUACCGGCACCGGAAGCACCAACAUAGAUAUAUAGCUCCCGAGUUUAACUACACCGCCAAAUACUGGGCUUUGAUUAGCGAAACAACAGCAUCACCGCCCUUGAAUCUGACAAAACACCACAAGUGUACUCUCAAAGAGGCCCAAACCGAGGAAAUGGCGAAGAUGCAAGAGAAACCUCGUCCUCCGCCCGUCGUGCCAAUAUCGCUCUGGGUGUCAAUCGCAGAGCUACGUGCUCCAGCGCACGGUAGACUCCAGCUGACCUGCACAGCAACCAUACCUGACGAAGUGGGACCUGGUGAGAAGUACGCUGAUAUUAAGAAGCAAACUGUUACCGUGGCUGUCAACGAGUUGAGUGUGAAACGUCCACACUCUGAGACGAGCCAAGCCAACGCCACUGCCAACUAUAUACAAGGCCACCACCCACUCUGGCUUCUUGGCUACGGACUUCUACUUCGCAAACUUUCAUUGCGAUUCCGACUAAACUAAAUCAAUGAAACUAGAUUUACACUUUCCCCGGAGGACGUCUUGCUCCAAAUA